UGAGUCAGACCAUAGUUAAUAUAGAAGACCGGGUUUGGAAGGCUGGGUCACGUGACGAAAUAUGUUGGAUUUUCGGUCACGUGGAACAUAUAGUGCAUUGCGUGCAAGAUCGUAAACAAUGACCAUAGUGAUUCUAUACAAUGAGUGUCGAAUUUAUACCAUGACAUGCGAAGCGAAAAAAGCUGUUAGUUUGGCGAUUUUUUUACAAUGCCUCGAGCCAAUUGCUAAAUAUUUGGUUGUGGAACAAGCAGAACGCAUGUUGGGCUCGGAAUCUUUCGAAUUCCGUCUGGCAAAGACGAAUGAUCAACUAGAGCUCGAGAGGCUUGGGUUACGAAACAUAAUUACAAAGAAUCGACAUAUGGACAAAAGUUUACGUCGCCAGAUCGAUAUUAAAGGCGAGCUGCAUGUUUUCGAGCAUAGAAACAUCCCAAGAUUGAAAUACAUUGAUUGUCGUACGGGUAUUCUUAUUUUUUUCGUAAGCAAUGAGUUAAAACUGUGCGAAAGAGGCAAUAACGUGAGAACAACUUAUAUCUACCAGGCAAAACCAGGCAGUAAUAAGAUUGCCCAAACCUUUUAAUACUGGACUAUCAAUUAAAGAGACUGUAAAUUCAGUUGUUGCCCUGACAAGGUUUUUGUUGAGCGAAGGAUUUGAGUUUGUGCUCACAGAACGGUUCUUCCAGGAUGAUAUACGAUGUUUAAGAGUAUUUCGGUUUAAUACCAGCGAGCACAAGGGAGAAGGAAUGAUAUUUUACUGUAAAACCCAACAGCAGCUGACAACCAUUCAAGGAAAUGUUUCAAUUCUGGACGGCAUUCUGGUAUUAAAGCGAAGCAAGUGGUGUAAAUGUGUAAUGUCAGUGAGGAGUCAUUGCCCAAAGAGAAGAACAUAAAACAAUCAAGAAAUAGUGAUCUUGAACAUGUUAUGAGACCAAUAGUUAACAAGUAAUGCAAAAUAUUGAUCAUUUUGCGAGAACUCUUGAAGUCUGUAGACAUAUUGAACAUUUCUUAUGGAGGUACUAUUGUAUUGUGCACAGUGCUACGAGUAAAAUCAUCUGGCAUUACUGUAAUAGACAGAGUAAAAUAAUAAAGUAGGGUGCAUCUGGGUACAUUGCCACUUAAAGGGUUAAAUUUAGAGAAUUUCCAUGCUGUUAAAACAAAUGAGCUAAAGCUCAUUAUAAUUUUGCUUGAUCUAGCUGUGCAUGAUAUAACUUUGAAGCAAUUUAGUGCUGACACCAAUAUGUACUUCAUGCCACAAAAAUGAUCUAAUAGUUUACCUUGUUAAGAAUUUUCAAAAUUAACAGUACCUUAGAAGUGCUUAACCCAUUAAACACCAACACUCUACCCUUGACAAAUAAAAUUGUCUGCUGUUAAACAGAGUAAAAUAGUCUGGCAUUAGACAGAGUAAAGUAGGGCCCAUCAGGGCACAAUGUUACUGAAUGGGUUAAGUAAGUCAUAUCAGUGCUAAACAAUAAAUUGCAAUGCAAUGUGGGAAACAUGCAGGACAAAAUAUACCUAAUGUUUUUAUUGAUUCAAAAUUGUGUGAUAUAAGCACUUUUAAGGUCUAUUACCACUCCCAUGAAGUGCUACAGUAUAUUAGUAAGAUUACGCUUCAUUAUGAUUGGCUAAACAGCAAUAUUUGUCCCUGAAUCAGUUAGCUUGGGGAGGAUUGCUUAUAAGCUGACCACAGUGAAAGGUGAUGUAGCACUUCACAAGGAGUGUUAAAUACUCAUUCCUAUCCAAUCAGUAUUUAAGUGUAUCUCUUUCAAAUAAUGCUAGAUUUACUCCAUAAUAAUACCCUUUAAUUAAUUAAACUGAAAUGUAGUAGUUAAUUAGUGUACAUAUUUUUUCAUCACUAUAUAAAUAUUUGCAAUUAAAACCUACUAAAAAUAUUUACAUUUAGCAUUCAGUUACAAUAAAUAUUUUAGUAACAAUGUCUCGACCAACCUUGUAUCCAGGAUCUUUUCUUUUGGCGAGAAAAGACCCUGGUAGAUGCUUGUCACAUGACGUGCUAAAAUCUCAUAAAAUUUAGCAGAUUUUUAAUUAACUAUAUUGGACUCCUUUACUUAC